AUGGGUAGCCCAUAUCCUCUCCACUCUCCUGUUGGUGUCAGAAAUCCUAGAUUAGUAAGCUGGAGCUCUGUUGUGGCUACCCGUAUCAAGCAUUUGGUUACCGAAGUUCCAACACCCUCAGCGGCUGAUCAACCUCAGAACUGCUUCACCGACGACCCUGAGCCGAUACACCUCAACCUCAAAGUCGGAAUAGCGAGCGAAAUUUCGGCUGCUUUUACCCAGAAUACCUUCUCCCACUAUCGCGAAGAUCGUCGGUGUUGGACCGUCGAAAUCAAACCGCGGUUCCCACGAUCUAACGAUUCUUACUACUACACAGGAAACUCGGCUUUUCUCUCUCCGUCAAUUAAACUGAGCCACCUCAACUAUCAUCAUGUCUUCAUCAUCAUUGUCGCCUCCGGCUUCGCUCUCAUCUUCCCCGCUAUCUUCUCCACCACCUUCACCGAACGUUUCCAAUUUUAUAUCAAAUCCGCCGCUUGA